AUGGAGCUGUCAGCUUGCGUCGAUAGUGCCGCGCCUCCGAGCCUCCUUCAGGGAGUCCCGAGCCUCCAUCAGGCUCGGCAAGACCACUACACCCCGUCCGUUCGGUCCGCUGCAGUCGCAAUGAGCGGCGACCUACUGCCGCCGUCUGAUAUAGAGCUGGGCGAACGGCGCGACCCCAUAUCCCUCGAGCCAAUCACCAGCCCGCCUUCCAUCCGCCGGACCGCGUCGAUAGGCACCAGCAGCGGUAGGGACUUCUGCUUAUCGCUGCCGCAGAUCCCUCCUCCCGUCACUCCGCGACCCGACUUAAUAGCACCUCCAGAGGAAGCCGAUUCAGACAUGGGAAUUACCAUAAUCUGUCCACCCAGGAACGGGCUUCUAUUAAGCCCUACUGACGAAAGCGAAAAAUCGGGCGAAACUGGCGAAGCCGGCGCGUCCAGCAGCAGACGUGGCGCAUCAGGCCGUUUGGGCACGUCCGGAGCUGGCCCGGCGGUUCGGAAAGGCUCGCCGAGCCUGAGCCGCGCGAGGCUCGGGUUGGGGGAAAUCCGGCUGGACCUGGGCGCGUUGCGCGCGCGCACGGAGCGGGAUUUCAACGCGGAGGCGAUGGAGGUGCGCGCGCGCAAGGAGAAGUUCGCCUUCUUCGAGAAGGACUGCAGCCGCGUGCUGGAGCACGUGUUCGUCGGGAGCGAUUACGUGGCAAGAAGCCGCGAGAUCCUGCGCGAGGCGGGUGUGACGCACGUGCUCAACUGCGUGGGAUUCGUGUGCCCGGAGUACUUCCCCGGGGAUAUCGUGUACAAGACGCUCUGGCUGCAGGUGAGAGAAAGGGGCGGGGAAGAGGGGAGAGGGAAGGGAGGGAGUGGGGGGAAGGUGAGGGGGAGUGGUACGCAGGUUGGUGGAAGACAACACGGCGGUGGACGUAACAUGCGUGCUGUGCUGUACGACGUGUUUGACUGCAUAGAAGGCGACAACACAGCGGAGGACAUCACAUGUGUGCUGUACGGCGUGUUUGACUACAUGGAGGGCGACAACACAGCAGAGGACAUCACGUGUGUGCUGUACGACGUGUUUGACUACAUGGAAGGCGUGCGGGAGAGCGGGGAGGACAACACAGCAGAGGACAUCACAUGUGUGCUGUAUGACGUGUUUGAUUACAUGGAGGGUGUGAGAGAAGGCGGAGGGCGCGUGUUCGUGCACUGCUGCCAGGGCGUCUCGCGCUCCACGUCGCUUGUUAUCGCCUACCUCAUGUGGACACAGCGCCUGGAGUUUGAGGAGGCGUUCAGGCGGGUGAAGGCGGUGAGGGGCGUGGCGAGUCCCAACAUGGGCUUCGCAUGUCAGCUGCUGCAGUGGCAGAAACGAAUUCUGCCACCCAAAUCAGCAGCCCCCGCGGCAGCAGCAACAGCAGCAGCAGCAGCAGCAGCAGCCCCCCCAGCACCAGUUGAUCCGCCAACAGUAUCCGCAGCAGCAGCGCCGGCAGCGUCUGAAGCGGCGGGCGGCGUGGUUCGGCAGCACAUGUAUCGCAUGGCGCCGCACUCCCCCUACGACGCGCUCCAUCUGGUCCCAAAAACCGUCCCUUUCUCGCGCAACUCACUGGACCCGCGCGGGUGCUUUCUGGUGCAGGUGGGAUCUGCUGUGUUCUGCUGGGAAGGCAAGCAGUGCCACUCCCUCAUGGCCCAACAGGGGUUGGCUACCGCCAGGCAGAUUAUCAAGUAUGAGAGUCUGGGCGGGGAGCCGGUUAUGGUGACGGACGGGCAGGAGCUGGAAAGUUUUUUGGCUGCCCUUGGGGAUGGGGGUGGAGGACGGGAGGGGAGGGUGGGUGGGGGGAGUGGGGCAGGGGCUGAUGCUGAGUUGAUGAAAGUGGUGGCUCGGCAGGGGUUGACGUACCUCGGGCAGGACGCAAAACUUUUAGAUGGUGCCCAGCAGAGUUGUGGAUGUGAGGUGUCUGAAGGGGUUGUAGCAGCUGCUGCGCCUGAAUCAGCAACGAGUGGCAGUUCAUCUAGUGCGCCAGACGCAGCAGUAGCAGCACAUGAAAUAGCACCGGCAGCAGCAACACCAGCAUCAGCAGCAGCAGCACCAGCAUCAGCAACACCAGCAGCAGCAGCAGCAGUGCCAACAGCAGCGUCCUCAGCAGCUCAGUCAUCUCCAUUAGCAACAAUUUUAUCUGAUUCUCCGCUCUCACCCUCCGCACUCUCCUCCACCUCCCAGUCUACAACCCCAUCUCAGCCCAAGCCAACAACCCCGUGUAAACCCAAAACGCCAACCCCUUCCCCACCCAAACCAAGCACAUCACCCACACCUGCGAGCCCUCUUCUUCCCUCGCUGCCUCACGCUGCCUCUGCCCCAAACGCCCCUCACACCCCCACCUCUCCCGAACCUCCCAACCUCUCUUCUCAGCUCACGCCCCCCAACCAGGCCUCCACAUCUGCCGGGCCUAGCCAGAAGUCCACAUCUCCGGGAUUCUCUGCCUACCGAACCUCGUCCUCGCUCUUGGGCUCGACCUCGCUCUUUGGUGCGGUGGACAGGUUUGCGCAGAAGCUUCGGCGCCGAAGCUGGGACCGCAAGGAGGCAGAGCAGCUUAGGAAGAUGGCUGCAGCGGCGGAAAAAGAAGUAUCGGGAAAGAAAGAGAAGGGGAAGGAGGGGAAGGGACGCAAGAGUGACAGCCCAUCAGAAGGAAAAGAAGCAGCAGCAGGAGAAGCAGAGGGAUCAGGAGGAGGAACGGGCACGAGCAGGAACAGUGAGGGGCGGGCGAGGAGGAGCGAGAGCCUCUCAGAGGAGCAGCUAGAGGCGCUAGCAGGGCAGCUGCGGUGCGGGGGUCUGCUAGAUCCCUCUGAUAUCCGCCUGCGCCGCCCCUUCCUGCGCGGGCUGGGGCGCACUGGGGGAGGCGCGGACUGGGGCAGGCGGAAACUGGCUCAGGAAGAGGCGGGGAGGGAGGAGGAGGAUGGGUGUGGGGCGGGUGAGGCGGUGGAGGAGGGAGAAGGGAGGGUGGGAGGGGAGGGGGAGGAAGGAAGUGUGGAGGAGGAGAGGGAGAGAGAGGAGGGGAGGGUGGUAGGGGAGGAGGCUGGUGGGGGAGAGGAGGGGCGGGCGGAGAGGGGGAGGGGGCGGGAGCGGAGGAAGAGGGGCGAGGGGAGGGGCAUGCGUGGGCUGUCUCCCAUGCGCCUGCUGGCGAAGCUGUCAGGUGCUGCAGGGGGGGAGAAGGAGCAGAAGGGGGCGGGAGAGGGCGGAGGGAACGCGAAUUCCAGUGGCAAUGCAAGCAGCAGUGCAAGCAGCGCGGCAGUGACGUGUCUACGCCUGACUGCUGUGUCGUCGCCAGUAGUGCCUGGCAGGGCGGGUGGAGCCACUGUGCCUCCAAUUGAUGCUCUGGAAGGUUCCAGUGGUGAUGCUGCUGCGGUCAUCGAUGCUGCUGCUGCCGCUGCAACAGAUGCAACAGCUGAGCCACCUGCCGCAGCACCCACAUCACCUGAUAAAGCACCUGAAGCUGUAUCUGGGCCAGCACCCAGUGCACCUGCAGCCGCACCUGUUCCAAUCCAAAUUCCAAACCGAAACCUUGUGCUUAACUCACCCGCCCCUGCCCCCACUGCAUCCUCCUCCUCCUGCUUUACUGCUCUCCCCUGCUCUCAAUACGACACUGAUUUUGAUUACUUUGAAAAGGCUCUCACGGGCGGCACGCCCCGUCCUGUAGCGGGCUUCGUGUCCCCCUCGGCCAGGCCGAACGUGCUGCCUCACAAGGGCCGCGGGUGGCUCUCUAACGAACCUGCCUGGAAUGACAACCCACCAGGUUCAGCAGCUGGUUCGGGCAUAGGCUCGGUAGGGGGGAACGCGUUUGGUUCCAAGGAAUGGCCAAGCUGGAUUCCGAAGAACAGGUUCGGUGCGCUAGGCUUGGCAGGAGGUCCGGGGCUGCCGUCUCCGUCGUCAUUCUCCCCUCGUUCGCUCGCAUUCUUCCCUCCUGGCGGCAUGGGCAUAUAUGGGCAGGAGCUGAUGCGGUCUGUGCCCAAAGCACAGCAGGAGGGAGGAGGGCAGGGAGGGGGGCAGGGAGUGGGACAGAAUCAAGAACAGGGGAAGGAGAACGGCGGGACAGGGUCAGGUGCAGGUGCAAGUGCAGCGGCCGCUCUUCCCUCAGCAGCACAGGGGGUGGGGUCAGGAGGGCGUGGGAGCGUGGAGAGUGGGGGAGUGGGGUUCACCCCCAGGGGGGCGGGUCGCUAUGGAGGGUUCUCCUCUCAGGGAGAGCUGCUUACUACCCCUCGUGGCGCCAGGUCUUCCGUCAAACCGCCCUGGGAGGUAGGCGCGGAUAGAUUUGCCGGUGCAGGCUCGGGUGGAGGUCCGGGAGCUAGCUCCGGCAGCAGCAGCAGCAGUGCAAGGUUGCCUAAAGUGCCGGUUAAAGCCGCAAGUACAGCAGCUGUUCCUAACAACAGGAGUACACUUUCUUCGGUACAAGAAUCCAGCGCUAGAGAGGACUGCUCGACAACCACCCCUGACAUCUCGUUAUUGAAUGGUUCACAACACGCGGUUACAGCGAAUGGCUCGGAAAACCGCUCUAACAAUGACAAUGGGAUUUUCAAUGGAGCUGAUGACUUCAGUGCUGCUGGCCUUCCGUUUGGGAUGACUCCUAGAGGACGUCCCCCACCGACGUCCUUUGCUGACCUGGACAAACGGGGCUUGGGUGGUUGGGGUAAUGAUGGUGCCAGCAAGGCUCCCCCGCUGCCGAUGUCGAAUAGAAGGUGA